GUACACAAUGUCGUUCAUGUAAUUUCACUUUUUGUCUCUGUUUCUCUGUGUAUACUUAUCUGGGUAUUUCGCAGAUUUUCUUUGUGAAAAUAUGGUUUCGAGGUUGGUUGGCUUAUUUGAGCGUUUUGAUGACUUUGGUUGGUGUUCUAGUUCUGGGUCUUCGAUUCUGAUGCUUAGUUAAUGGCUGAGGGGUCCAAAGUUCGGUUGGUUCGCUGCCCCAAGUGUGAAAACUACAAGAACCCGCUGACUUCUCUGUUUACAAGUGUGGUGGUUGUGGUGCUGUUCACCGAGCGAAGAAGAAAGCGCUGGGGAAUGCUGGAGUUUUGGAGAAAUCUGAUGAGACGAGGGGUGGAAGCGGUUCUGAUAUAUUGGAGAGUUUUUCAGAGAAAGGGGGUGGUAGUUUAGGUAGUUCUUCUGAGACUGAGACGGAGAGCGAUGGCAUUGAAGUGAACAGGAGGAAAGAGGGAGUAUUUGAAGAACAAAUAGUUAAUUCGAUUGGUAAUUCUUUAUCAAAAGCAAAGAAUAAAGAGGCUUUGAUAAAUAAUGAUAGAAAUGUUAGGGAAGAGGUUAAGGGUUUAAGGCUUGAACACAGUGACACAGAGAAUGAAAUUGGGUUUCUUGAUAGAUAUACGGGACUGUCCGAACGUCCGGAUGACUUUUGGGUUGGUGGAGAUGAUCAUGAUAUGAACAUGAAUAGGUCUGAGUUUGCUAAUUUGAUUACUAGAGAACACUUGGCCCGGUUAAGGAAUUCGGCAGGGUCCUUGAGAUCGGUGGCAAAUAUGGAGCAGUGGGGUGUGGAAAGAGAUGGGUUUGGGGAAUUUUACAGAAACUCCAGGACAGCUGCUGAUCAGAGGGGAUAUCCAACUUUUGCUUAUCCUGAUGAGGGACCCUCAAAUUACAAGCCAGAAUCAUUUUAUGGCUAUGGCGAGCGGAUGAAGCAUGGUGAUGAGCUGGAUGGGACUGACAGAGUUGAACAUUUAGAGCAGAAUCGAGCUGAACUCCUCAGGAAGUUGGAUGAGUUGAAGGAUCAACUUAGCAGAUCUUGUGAUGUGGAAAAUAAACCAACCGUCCCUGUUGAUAGGACUCCGCCUGAUCCUUAUGGUGGCCGGGAUAUAUAUAAUGUUUCUAUGCAGCCUUCUGGCCUGGAUAAGCAUGUUCCUAGGCCCCCUUAUUUCAAUCAUACUCGUGAAACUAUUCCUUUUAUGAAUCGCCAAAACAUGGAUAUGCCGAACUUCUAUCCUCCUCCAAGGCAUGUCAUGAAUGAGUUUCCUGCAUAUGAGGAUCCUUAUCGGUCACAAAUGACAAGGAGGCCUCUCCAUCAACCAUCCAGUCAAUAUCCACAACGACCACCUCAUGAAUACUUUCAAGGUCGGUACAGGGAAUUCAAUCAAGAUUCCUUCGCUUCAUAUCAAGCUGAAACCUUUCAUCAUCAGCCCACAUGCUCUUGUUUACGCUGCCUCGACCAGAAUUGGCAAGUUCCCCCAAGAGUGCCACCCACUGUGUUUAGCAAUAGAAGGCUUCAGAAGGAUCCUAUCAAUUCCAAUUUCUACCUUCGUGACAAUCUUGGGCCACAAUGUUAUAAUCCUCAAGUUGCCAAUCCUCCUCAGUUGACCUCUCGGGAUCCACGGAUGUACACAAGAUGGCCAGGUGACCUUGACUCAGACAUCGAUGGUCUUGGUCAGGUUUGUCCAAGAAGAGUGGUGGCAGCCCGUGGGACUAUGCAGCCUUGCCAUCCUAUAGCAGGUGGUACCCCAUUCAUAACUUGCUAUAAUUGCUUUGAGUUGCUGAAACUGCCUAGAAAGCUUAAAAUGAUGGAGAAGAAUCAGCAGAAACUGCGAUGUGGUGGCUGUUCAACUAUAAUCUUGCUUGAAAUUUUGAAUAAGAAGCUAAUUAUAUCUGUUCCUGAAGAAAUCAAGCCAUUAUCUGCCGAGGCUGAUGACAGUUCUGAAGAGGUAUUUAUUGAAAGCCCUCCAAGUUCUCAUGGUUGUUCGAAUGCUGGCAACAUCAACUCCCGCUCUGAUGAUUUUGAUAAUUCUGGUUAUAAGUUUGAUUUGAAAGAUAAUAGAGACUAUUUGCAGUCAGAAGACUCGAGGUUGAACUCAAGUGAAUCUGAGCAAAGACAUGGCCUCACUUCAUCUUCCAUUUCUUACUCUGAGGAGGAGAGCCCAGAUACUGUGAUUGUCCAGGGAGAUGUUUCUCGCUCUGCUAAGCAGCCCUUAAGAAAUGACUUAAGGGCUACAUACAAUUCAUUAGGUUUUGCACCCCUCAAGUAUAUUUAUUAAGACUCUACAUGUUAGCAAUUCUCCACUACACUUUACAAACUCUCUCACUUUAAAUGAUUUAUAUAUCACAUAACUUCUCA